AGGAUUCCGCACUGUUUUUCUGUCAUCCCAUUCAACUCACUGUCCUCCUACGUAGGGGUGAGUGAGAACCUCAGCCACUUUUUUGAUUCAAUAUAAUGACUACUACAGCUGCACUGUUCUUGGCCUUGCACAAUGGUGGAUGAUUUUUAUUGUAAAUGUCAUGCUGCGUUACAUCUUAAUUAUUCGGUUACGUGUGAUGUACCGGCAAUCAAGAAAGAUUUCAAUCUUUCUUGUCGGAAUCUCUUUGGCUUGCACGAUUAUAUGUGGAGUGAUCCUUGCAAUAUCAAGCAGUACCAUUUCAGGAGAGGAGCUUGUUCUCUCUGGCACCUAUCAGUGCAUUCUGAGCGGAAAUAGUGGCUACCCACUAUCUGAGCCUUGGAUACUCGGCAUUUUAUGGGAGUUCCUCGUACUAUGUCUUGCAGCCUGGAUUGCUAUAAAACACUUGCGUGAACUGCAACGACCCUCCCCAGGGAGGGACUGUUUCGUUAUGUUAAUAAAAACACAUGUGUUUUACUUUGCAGCACACGCUGCUGUUUCUUGCUUGGUCACUGUCAGCCUUCUCUCUCCACAAAUAUCGGGUUCUUCUUCAGUGGAAACUGAGAUUUAUUCUGGCAUCCUUGAAAUUUUCCUUUUCGUGCAGAUGUUUGUUCUGGGGCCACGACUCCUUCUCAGCGUUCGAGAAUAUCAUGCUAAUCUCAUAGCCGACUCUGAGACAGGAACUAACCUAACUACAAUUGUUUUCCAAGAGGACAUACCUGUGUCAACUGGUGACGGUGUGUAGCACGGGAAACUAUCCAAGUGAUCCAAGUGACCCAUAGUAUACUUCACGAAGUUGUUGUCAUUUUGUCGUAGUAUUGGUACAUCAUGAUUCAUUUGGCUACCCACCGAACUACACG